CGUUUUCCCGUCAAUGGCGGAAAGUCGGCGUCCCACGUGCUCAUCGCUGCUUGGACUCGGUUUCACAUCAGUUAUCUGGGAUUAGAAGGCGAACUUGAGUGAAGAUUUCGUAUUCACGCACUCACAAUUAUAGUUGACUCUACUCGGCAUAUACUCCAUGGACGACACAACGGAGAACAUUACCUACUAUGAUGAUGGCUCAGCCAAAAAGAAGAAAAAGAAGAAGAAGUCUGAAGUUAGUCUUGCAGAGGUCCAGCUCUCCACUGAAUUUAGAGUGAAACCACUAGGGGGUGAACCUGUUGCCCUUGACACAAGCAAAUGGCCUCUACUUCUCAAGAAUUUCCAUGAGCUGAAUGUGAGGACAUCUCAUUAUACCCCUUUGGAAUUUGGUUGCUCACCACUUCAACGCCCCAUUCAGGAGUAUAUCAGGGCAGGUUUCAUCAAUUUGGACAAACCUAGUAACCCUAGCUCCCAUGAAGUGGUUGCCUGGAUAAAGCGUAUCCUGCGUGUAGAAAAGACUGGCCACUCAGGCACCCUUGAUCCAAAAGUCACUGGAUGUCUGAUUGUAUGCAUUGAACGAGCUACACGUCUUGUGAAGUCACAGCAAAGUGCUGGGAAAGAAUAUGUCUGCAUCUUCAGACUCCAUGCAGCUGUUGAUAGUGUUUCUCGGGUACGUCAGUGCUUGGAGCAGUUGAAAGGUGCUCUUUUCCAGCGUCCCCCAUUGAUUUCUGCCGUCAAACGCCAGUUACGAGUACGUACUGUAUAUGAAUCCAAGCUGUUGGAAUUUGAAGCAAACCGCAACAUGGGAAUCUUCUGGGUGUCAUGUGAGGCAGGAACAUACAUCCGAACCAUGUGUGUCCACUUGGGUCUUCUCCUGGGUGUUGGUGGCAUCAUGCAGGAGCUACGACGGGUCCGCUCAGGAAUCCAGUCCGAGAAUGAUGGAAUGGUGACAAUGCAUGAUGUUAUGGAUGCCCAAUACAUGUAUGAUCAUCACAAGGAUGAGACCUAUCUCCGUCGUGUGAUCAAACCCAUGGAAGCCCUUCUCACAUCUCACAAGAGAAUCAUCAUGAAGGAUUCAGCAGUGAAUGCUGUCUGCUAUGGAGCCAAGAUCAUGCUCCCAGGAGUCCUUCGAUAUGAGGAUGGGAUUGAAAUGAACCAAGAGAUUGUGAUUAUCACAACCAAGGGGGAAGGCAUUGCCCUUGGUGUAGCACUGAUGACAACUGCAACGAUGGCAUCGUGCGACCACGGCGUAGUUGCAAAAAUAAAACGUGUAAUCAUGGAGCGUGAUACAUACCCACGCAAGUGGGGCCUGGGGCCUCAGGCUAGCAUCAAGAAAAAAAUGAUUGUUGGUGGACUGUUGGAUCAACAUGGAAAGGCUAAUGAGAAUACUCCCCAAGAAUGGCUGCACAAAUAUGUUGACUAUCGGAUCAUAGAUCCCUUGAAGGCAGGAAGCGGAAAUGUGCUGGAAAAGUCUCCCACGCCAGUGAAAGCACCAUCUCAACCAGUUGAAAGAAAGCGAGAAAGGGAGGCAGGGAGUGACUCAGAAUCCCAGAAUGGUGAGGUAAAAGAUGAAGAAGUUGAAAGGAAGAAGAAAAAGGAGAAGAAGAAGAAGAAGAAGGCAAAGAUGGAGGAAGAUGAUGCCAUCUGAGGUGCCAUGGUGCCAGGCCAACACCAGAUCUCAAUGAAGAGUGCAUGAGAGAAAUCUCUUAUUGUCUUCCAAGGAUCAUAUUGUGCUUUCCUGCUUUGAUCAUCUUGCCAGAUGAAGCAUUGAAGUGUGGAGACCUAUCUUGAACUUUCCCUGGAAAAGCAUUGUAGUUUGACUGAGAUACUUUUCAGGAUGCUUCCAGAUUUGUAAACUGUUAUUCUUGUGUAAGUUCUGUUACACUCAGCUCUGACGAAGACUUGGGUGCAGGUUUUUGUUUGUCAAGCAUCUCCUUCCUACAUGGAAUGUGUUCAGUUCAGUUUAUGCUGCAGAACUGAUCAAGUUGCAUUGGAAUGAUCACUUGUUCUAGAACAAUGCAGAGAUGUGGUCAGUGAGUAAUAUACUUUUAUUGUGUGAUUUCCUCACAUGAUCAUGAGUAAAACCUCUUUGCUACUUGGGGAUCACUGUCGGUGGCUCUCAUUCAUCCUUUGGGUCAACAGAUUUCCUCUGCCUUUUGCUUUCUGACUACCUUGUAUUUUUUGUUUCUUUUUUAUUAGUUCCUUGUCCUCUAAUCGCUUUUGUUCAUGGAUGAAUGAAGACAUUUUGCAACUCUCUAGUCUUCAUUUAGAAUGAAGUUUUUCUUUUGUUUCAAGGAAUCACUUCUUGGCAGGUUUACUUGAUGGGAAACACCAAUGAGAUGCAUUGUUUUCAUUCCUUGAAAAGAAUAUUUUUUGGAAGUAAAAAUUUGGCUAUAAUAUUUUCUUUGGAAGGCAAUGAUGUAUGGUUGUUGUCCUAACAGCUGUUGUUGAAAGCACCAUUCUGUGGAUUUUUUUGUUAGAAUGAACUGGUGGCUUACUUCA